GAAACACAGGAACAUAUAUAAACCAUCCUACAAGAUGAGCCUAGCACAUUGAAAUAACUCUUUCCUCAACAUUGGACUGACGUUGCGCCUUCAAUCAAGAUGAGUGAAAUCACAGAGGUGAGAAACUUCUCCUUCAAGGUGGGACAGGUCCUGAACGUCACAGGGGUCCCCACAUCAAGAUUUUCCAUCAACGUUGGUCAUAGUGAGGACGACAUUGCUUUGCACGUGGACGUCCGCUUUGAUCAUGGAAAUUCUAAUGAGGUGGUGUUCAACUCCUGCCAUUCAGGGACAUGGCAUAAGGACCACAUACUUGCCAAAAGCUUCCCCUUCAACUACGAUAAGAAUUACAAAGUAUCCAUCACCUUCACAAAGGAAAAGUUCUUUGUCACCCUUCCUGAUAAAUCUGUGACCGAUUUCCCCAAUCGCCACGGAUACGAGAUGUAUAACUUAAUAUUCUUGAAAGCCAAGGUCAAGGUUCAUGGGAUUGAAAUCAUAGACCAAUCAGGAUGAGUUGAAGACAAUCUUCUUUAGAAGCCAAAAUAUAUUUUGGCUGCUUAUUGGCUUCUAAACCUUCCUUUACUGCUCUUGAACUUAAUAACUGUUAUGAUUAAAAGAUUUUGUUCCAGCCAUGAAAUAUUUAAUUAACUCCUUUUUGUGUUUGAUUUGCAAAAUGACUUAAGUACUUGCCAGACUAGGCCUACGAGGACUGGUAUAAUAUGAUGUGAUUGGAACAUCUGUGUCUUCCCUAAUCAAGGUCACUGCCCAGUCUUGUAUUAAAAACGUUUUCUCUAUUCUGACAAUUAAGAAUUGAUUCAAUAUCAAAGUUAAAUAACUUCCAAAGAUGUUUCACUUGUUAGCCAUGGGUUAAUAACUAUAACAAUCAUAUGGUCUGACUGUAUUGCAGUAAACACAAUAAACAAAUGCUUUGCUUUGA